AUGUGCAUCGGAGCAAACAAAAUAGAGACAGAAGAUGAAAAAAUUGAUUUUAAUAAUUCGUAUUUUCCUUACAGAGAACUUAUAGGGUCGAUAUUAUGUGUUGCUAAUAAAACUCGUCCUGAUAUAGCAUUUGCGGUCAAUUUUUGUAGUAGACGAGUGGAAAAACCAACAAAGCAAGAUGUCAUUAAUGGAAAACGAAUAUUAAGGUACCUGCUAGGGACAUCGAAUUCAGGUAUUAAAUUUUAUAACAGUAAUCUACAUUUAGAAGCUUAUUGUGAUGCUGAUUAUGCUAAUGAUCCACAUACAAGAAAGAGCACAACAGGCUAUAUAAUCUUUCUAUGUGGAGGUCCUAUUACAUGGUCAUCAAGACAACAGCCCAUAGUUGCCAUUUCAUCAUCGGAAUCCGAAUAUAUAGCAGCUGCAGAUUGUUGUCGGGAGUUAAUGUACCUAAAAUUCUUAAUUAGUGAGGUAGUAAAUGAAGAAGUUAAUGCAACGCUUUAUGUAGAUAAUCAAAGUACAAUUCAUUUAAUUAACAACGGUAUUAUGAUCAGAAGACCAAAGCACAUCGAUGUCAGAUAUCAUUAUAUACACGAAAAAGUCAGUGAAGGACUUUUAAAAAUAAAAUAUUGCCCCUCUGAGCAUCAAAUUGCUGAUAUUCUGACGAAGCCUCUUGGAAAUGUAAAAUUUUCCUAUUUAAAGUCCUAUAUUAUUUCUUAG